AGGGUGAAAAGAAAAUAGCUUAUUCAAUUUCCCAACUCACUGCUGGUUGACACUCUGUAAACCCAUCAUGACUCACCUCUCUCUAGAGAGAGAAAAGAGCGCAAGAAAAGGAAAUGGGUUUCUGUUGAGAAAAUACAGCAACUCCCCGUAGCAUCUCCUCCCUUGCAGCUGUGUGUUGGAUGUGUGGGCUGUUCUCUGUGUGUCUGGCUCUCCUCCAGUGCUCAGGGCUGCUCUGGGCAGCUCCGGCCGCUGACAGAUGCUCAGCAGAGAUGAACAGAGCCAGAAUAGUCAAGCUCACAGCCUUGCUCGUGCUGUGUGCCUUUGCUGUCUUUCUCGUCGCCUUGCUGAUCAGGGCUCACACAUUCCAGCCAGGCUCCUGGCAGCUCCGAGACUGCCUGCCAAACAACAGGACUCUCGCGGCUAAUUUCACCCCAGAAGAGAGAGACGAGCUUUUAUCUGUCUUUAAAGGAGCGAUUCAGCUGCCUACAGUCUCCACCAGUUACAGCGAGCUCAACAUUACAGCUUUGAAGAGUUUCACAGACUAUCUGCCUAAAGCCUUUCCCGGCGUAUUCUCCUCGGACCUGGUGAGGCAUGAGAUCAUCGCCAACUACAGCCACUUGUUCACCGUGCGGGGGUCAGACCCCGGGCUCCGGCCGUACAUCCUGACCGCCCAUCUGGACGUGGUUCCCGUGGCGGAGGAAGAAUGGGACUUCCCGCCGUUUUCCGGGGAGGAGAGUGACGGCUAUUUGUACGGACGUGGCACUUUGGACGACAAACAGUCUGUUGUGGCAAUACUCCAAGGCCUGGAGUUUCUUUUGAGAAGAGGCUACAGACCUCGUCGAUCGUUCUACAUCGGACUCGGACACGAUGAAGAGGUUGGAGGUUAUAAUGGAGCCAAGAGCAUCGCUGCUGAACUGCAGUCCAGGGGAGUCAAGCCCUCCUUCCUGCUGGAUGAAGGCUCCGUGAUACUGGACGGGAUCAUCUCGGGGCUGCAGAAAUCUGCCGCAGUCAUAGCCACGUCCGAGAAGGGUUUCGCCACGAUCAGCCUGAGCGUGACCACCACCACCGGCCAUGCCUCCAUCCCCCCCAGGGAGACCAGCAUCGGAAUCCUAGCCGAAGCCGUGUCCAGACUGGAAAAGAACCCAAUGCCUCGGAUGUUUGGUCGAGGACCAGAGCGGGCAAUGAUUGAGCACCUCACUACUGAGAUGACCUUCCCUAUGAAAUUUAUCAUGGCCAAUCUGUGGUUGUUUUCCUCUUCAGUCGGCAGAUAUAUGGAACAGAAACCAGCUACCAACAGCCUGGUGAGGACCACAACUACAGUGACCCAGUUUCACGCUGGGAUUAAGGAUAACGUCAAUCCACCUUCAGCCAGAGCCUUGGUGGAUGUCCGUCUCCAUCCAGCACACACACUAAAACAGCUUCUCUCUCAGAUUGAUGCCACGGUAGCUGACACUCGGGUGAAGGUGGAAGUCAUCAAUUUCUCUCCCUCACCUCCCAUGAGCUCUUACGACGAGACGUCCUUCGGGUAUCAGCUCAUCAGGACCACCGUGGUGGAAACCUUCCCAGACGUCGCCGUGGCUCCAGGCCUCUGCAUCGGAAUCACGGAUUCCAGACACUACCAGAACCUGACCAAAGAGCUCUACAGGUUUUCACCCGCCAGGCUAAACCAGGAAGACUUGGCACGGAUUCACGGCCCGAACGAAAGGAUUGCGGUGAAGAACUAUGAAGAAAUUGUGCAAUUUUUCUUCCUGUUGAUUCAGAACGCUGAUUUCUGUUUCUUGAGCUCCGCUGACAGUAUCUCUUUGGACAUGUAGUCAUGGGCACUCGUUCUAACUAUCAAAGCGCCCAGU